AUGGAGUCAGGGCCCCUCCUUUCAUACUCUCCCCGCGAUUCCACUUCCGAAGAUCAAGAACGUAUCCGCCGCAUCUUUUGGUCCUGCUACAUCCUCGAAUCAGACUACCUAGCUGAGCUCUCCAACUUGCCGCUAUCAGGUAUUGCUCGCAUCGAAUCCUCAGUUCCGCUACCAGGUGCAGGGUAUAGCACGCACUCGACCGCCCAAGAGGAGGAGCAGAGCUCCUUGGAAACAGGCGCGAGCUUGGACGAUAAGCGGUUCCCUGGCAUUGUGAAGGAGCUAGAUCAUCAGUUGGAUGAGUAG